AUAUCCAAUAUGCCGGCUGCAGUAUCAUCAGGCGUGCGUCCCACUGUUGAGCGCGACGGUCUGGACGACAUCUUCAACUACGAUGCUGGUAUCAGCUCAACCUCAUAUCAACAGGAUCAGGAUCGGAGUGCGCAGGAUGAUACGAACAACAACAACAAUACCAACCAGCAACAUGAUGUGCCAGUAGACAUCGAUGAGGAAGUCAAAGUCACCAAGAAGCGCAAGCCAGUCGCAAAACUUGACGAAGAUCGCCUUCUCUCACAACAAGGCAUCCCAAAACUUCGCAAAAUCGCCAAAGACCGCAUCCAAAUCAAAGGCAAAGGCCACGAGUUCUCAGACAUCGCACGUCUCCUCAACACCUACCAACUAUGGCUCGACGACCUCUUCCCCAAAGCAAAGUUCAUGGACGGUGUUUCCAUGAUUGAGAAACUCGGCCACAAGAAACGCAUGCAGAUGAUGCGAAGAGAAUGGAUCCAAGAAGGCAAACCCAAACCGCCACGAGACGACGAAGAAGAGGACUUUGUCAUUCCAAAUGAAGCUGCAGUGGCAGAGGGCAAUAGUGCCCGAGAUACCGAGGAACGGCCCGGCAAUGUUGAGUCAAGACCGGAAGCACAAUCGGAUGGUGGAGCACCGGCAAGAGACAAUCACAAUCCGUUUGGCGAGGAAGAGCCUGACGAGGAUGAAUUGAAUGCGCUGUUGGCUGAGAGCGAGGCUGCACCAGCACCAGACACUUCCAAACAGAACAAGACACAACCCGCGGAAGACCAAGAGCCAGACGAGGACGAGCUAGAUGCUCUCAUGGCCGAGGAUGCAAUGAACGACAGUGUGCCGAAGAGCCUGUUCGGUGGACCGGUCUCAUCGACUGCCACUACAAACACUGCUCCACGACCGCAAGACGAAUUCGAUGAUGACGAGGAAGCAAUGGCUGGUAUGGAUUGGUAG